GAAGCUAACAGAAAAGGGAUGGAAAACAUGGAUAUUUCGAAAGUGAUUUUUCAUCUGAGGGACAUAAAGGCAGGAAUGGUUGAUGCAUGGCAGGAAGAAUUUGCUCCUUACAGCAAUACCGUUAAGAUAUCCUGUGGAGACAUUUUUAAAGGGGCUCCUGCAGCAGAUGCUAUUGUGUCCCCAGCAAACAGUUUUGGAUUCAUGGAUGGAGGUAUUGACAUGGUUUACAUCAAUCACUUUGGCUGGCAAAUGCAACACAGACUCCAAGCAUUUUUGAAACAGAAUCAUGAUGGUGAACUACCUGUAGGUCUAGCUGUGAUUAUUGAGACACUGUCCCCAGAUGACAAUGAGAAGAAGUUUAAAAAUCCUGAGUUUAAUGAAGGAAAACUUAUUAAGUAUCUCAUCAGCACACCAACAAUGAGAAUACCGAUGAAUGUUAGUGAUACUGUCAAUGCUUAUCUGGCAUUCAGAGCAGUCAUAAGAGCUGUAAAGGAACACAACAAAGCAGAACAAAAUACCCAGAAUCAGAUCACCAGUGUGUUAUGUCCUGGCCUUGGCACAGCUGUUGGCAGGAUGCCUCCUAGGAGAUGUGCCUUCCAAAUGCGGCAAGCCUUCGAGAUUUGUGCGCUGGAAAUGAAAAGUUCAUUGAAAAAUCCGAAAGCCCUGGGGGAUGUGUGGCAGCAUCACGAAUCCAUGCAGCACUAUAAAACUAAACUAUAAGAGGAGACGAAGAUACCUCUUACAUAUUAGUGAAGUGCAGUUCAUAAAGGCUAGAGACUAUUUACCUGAGUGAAUCAACGCCAAAUAUACGCACGUGUUGGCUGUACAAUGGACAACGUAUUCAAAUACUGGACGAGGCUUAGCCGUGCAAAAUACCCAGGAUGUGGAAAAGUUAAAGGACUUGUAUCAGGAAGACAUGUAUAUAAGGGCUAACUUGUAUAUACUAAUGCACGUAUAAAGGGGGUAAGUUUCUAAAGAAACUUUGGUGCUGCGUUGGUGGGAGAGUAUAACAGGGUAAUUUAGUAUCAUCAACUGAGUUGAUAACGUAAAUUAGCUAACGUAAAGAGUUUCAAAGCUGCGCUACGAAGGGUUAAUGCUUUGACGAAGCGUCGUUCUCACGAAGGGCUUAUCCCCGAAACGUCAGCUUUGAAACUCUUUACGGUGACCAAUUUACGUUAUCAACUCGGUUGAUAAUUCUAAAUUACCCUAAAUGCACGUAUAGCCUGAGUCAGUUGUAGUGGAGGCGAGGAAAUAAGGGGGGCAAGAGAAAAUCUAUGAGGUUAGUCCCCCACGUUUUUCCCACACUCCCAUCGUUUUUUUGUUAUUCAUCGCAAACAGGGUCCACUGUAGCAGGCAAAUGUAUAUGGGGAUUUUUUUCGGAGGGGGACAAAGCUGAAAAUGCAUUACUCUCUUUAACCUUUACGUAGGUAUGUCUAAACGUUUUUUGAGGUAUUUUUCAUGAUGUCAACUUGAAGAACCUUCCUUUAAAUAGAAGAAAUCAUUAAAAUACUUCUAUUUGAUAUAUUUUAUGAACCGAAUACAGCUUGCGAUGACUGAUAGAAAUAGUUAAAAUUUUGUUUGAAAACUUCGAUAGCAUGAUAAUAGCGUAAUUUUAUGUUGUUUAAAAACUUAUUUAUAUGUAAAAAUUGUCAUAUAAGCAGUUGUAGUAUUGUACAUAGUUUUUUAUACGUAACUUGAGUAAGUGAUUCGAUUUCAACUAAGAAAUAGACCCU